UCUGGAACGGAUCGGAGAUAUUUUCAGGGGUGGGGGGGAGCUCACGCGAAAUUGUUUCGGCACCUCUAAAUUCAUCAACAAAAAAAUCUUUUUCCUCCGAUUAUCAAUGGAAAAUUUUUCCCUCCAAUCUCUAUCGACCCGCUUCAAGAAAUUAGGAAUAGAGGGAAACCCUUCGACAUCUUCUCUGCUCCCACUCGCUCAGAGGGAUCCUAAUUUUCUAAUUCGAAAAUUCUUGAUCGUGUUCUAAAGGACGUGCUUCUCAUUGCCUACUACAAUUCUUUUACAGGUGGCUCUGGCUUUACAGAUUUACUACAUGCAAAGGUCAAGUUGCUAGAGAUAGUUGUUCUCGAGAUUUCUUGUCCUUCACAUGAUUCGAACUUGACAGAUAAUACAACAUGCCGCCUAAAUAGGCGAUCAUGAUGAUGAUGAAGAGAAGAAAUAUCAUCGGGAAGAAGAAAAGAAUAUAUGCUGAACCUAGCUCACAGAACUUUAAGGACACAAAUAUAUGCUCAAGUGCAGGAGAAGGUUAUUAAAAGGAUUGAGGAGCUCAGAGUUCAACUUCAAGAUGUAGAUCCAGUAACAAAAGCCCAUCAAUUGAAACUAUCAACUGUUCUUGAUGAGGUAGCGGGAAAGCACCAUGGGGGAUAUGAAAGAGGAUAUGGUAUUGGAUACAAAGGAAGGACAACGAGUCAGUUUUCUACAUCCUAUAACGUCGAGAGUAGUAUAAACAACUCUCAACUUCAAAAAGAGCUAGAUGUUGCUAACCAGAAAAUCCAAGAGUUAUAUGCUGCUAAUAAGAAAAUUCAAGAGUUACAUGAGGAGAUACAGAAAAAAGUUAAGGAAGAGGAAAGAGAAAAAGCACAGGAAAAAGAAGAAAGAGAUUAUCAAAUGCAAGAAAUACAAAGGAUAGUGUCUAGCUUUCAAGCCAUGGCUGGAUUAAACAGACAAUCACAAUAAUUGGAUGCAGGAGUUUGGAAUGGAGGAAACGAAUUCAAAUAGUGUAGAGUUCAGAAUGGGAGAAUCAAGUGUUAUUGGAAUUGAAACUGCGACCAAUUCUGUAAAUGCUCCUAAACCACUACUAGGAAUGAAGUUUAAUAGUAAUGAAGAAGCUUAUAACUAUUAUAACUCUUAUGCAUUGUUGAUGGGCUUUGGAAUAAGGAAGAGCAGUGUGAAUUACUCUCGCAAGACUAGAGAAGUGGUAGACAGAAAGUUUGUUUGUGAUAAGGAGGGCAAUAAAUCUAAUAGUGGCAAGAUAGAGAUCCCUCUUCGGUGAGAGACCCGAGUGGGAUGAAGGCAAUGAUGUGAGUUAAAUUAUUGGAGGACAAAUCGUGGGAGGUCACGGGGUUUGUUGAAGAACAUACAAAUCAUGUGUUGAGUAGUCCAGACAAAGCAAAAAUGCACAUAUCACAUCAACAAUUUCAUAAAACUCAAAGAUGUAAAAAACUUAUUGAUAGUCUGCGAGAAGAAGGUAUGCCUCCUUCCACUAUUUCUCGCGUUAUCAAUGCAACCAAUGGAAGAGAUGGUGAACUUGUGACAUCACAACAGUGCAUUGAUCAUAUCAGAACCCAAAAAGUCAACAAUAUUGGUCAUGAAUGCAUAUCUAUCAUUCGACAUUUUCAGAGUAUGACAGUGAAUGAUCCAGAAUUUUAUUUUGCAAUAGAAGUAGACAGUAGUGGACAAAUGAGGAGUGUAUUCUGGGCCGAUGGAAGAUCAAGAGCAUCUUAUUUGCAAUUCAGUGAUGUUAUUGUGUUUGAUGUGACAUACAGAACUAAUAAGUUCGGUCUUCCAUUUGCUCCAUUUACUGGUGUAAAUCACCAUAGGCAGUCCACUUUACUUGGUUGUGCAUUAUUAGUCGAUGAACAGGAAGAUAUAUUUGUUUGGUUAUUUGAAGAAUGGCUGAAAUGCAUGCACGACAUUGAACCAUGUGCUAUUAUAACAGAUCAGGAUAGAGCAAUGUGUAAUGCUAUUCACUCACUGUUUCCAACGACAAGACAUCGUUAUUGCUAUUGGCACAUGCAAAAGCAUAUUAUUGAUCAUUUGCCUACUUUGGUAUCUCGUUAUGGUGAACAGUUUCAAAGGUAUUGGGGCUUGUGGUGCAAUAGUUCUUCAAUUGAACAAUGUGAAGGAUAUUGGGUUGAGAUGAAAGAGAAGUUUGAUAUAAAUGAAGAAAGGGAGGGAUGGUUGCAAACAGUUUACAAAUGCAGAGAACACUGGGUGCCGUGUUAUAUGCAGGACACUUUUUUUGCUGGAAUGAGAUCGAGCCAAAGGAGUGAAAGUAUUAAUACAUUUUUUGAUGGGUAUGUUAACUCACAGACUCAGUUACACGAGUUUGUGACACAAUAUGAAAAAACAGUAACUCAUCGUCGCUUAAGUGAAGCCCAUGAAGAUUAUAAGAGUCUGAACACAAAGCCGGUUAUGCUCCUUGGACAUCCAAUUGAGAUCCAAGCUGGAGAAAUGUAUACACGCAAUAUGUUUGAUGUGUUCCAUACUGAAUUCAAAGGAUUUGGUACAGAGUUCUGUGAAGAAUUGAGAAAAGAUGAGGACAUUGUUGAAUACAAGGUCUGUAAGUUUACAGAUAGAGGAAAAUGGGAGCUGGUUACUUAUGAACAAUCUAGUCAGAUCCAGUUCUGUUGCACUUGUGCUUUGUUUGAAACUAAUGGUGUUGUAUGUAGACAUAUAUUAUCGCUAAUGAUGGCUAGGCAAAUGGAUUCAUUACCCGACCACUACAUCCUACACCGUUGGACCAUACAUGCAAGGCAUCGUAACAUUGGGGUUGGCAAUAUUGUAUUUGGAAGAAACAUCACCAGCUAUGAAGAGAAGAUUAAUUUAUUAAAAUCUUGGGCUUUAAGAGCAAAAUUCAAUAAUGUGCUCGAGCUUGCAUUUGAUUCAGAAGAGAAGCUGCAACAACUUGAUGAUGUGCUAACAAAUUUCAUAGAAUCACUUGAAGAAGAAGUUGGAGAAACUCAAGAUCAAAUUAUGGAUAUUCCUCAACCUUCUGCACCCAUUUCACAUACAAUAGAGAACAUUCCUCAGAUAGCAGUUCGUGAUCCUGAUAGACUUGUAAGGACUAAAGGUCGUCCACGCAAUGCUACUAGAAUCCAGUCAGGUUUAGAACAGGCACAAGAAAAGAAAGAAAGGAAGAAACACAUAUGUAGCAGAUGUGGUGAACUCGGGCAUUAUAGAACUAGUUGUAAAGUUAACUUGCAAAGGUAAACAUAUGCACGGGUGGUGGAUGUAUUGGUUUGUUCAAGAAGUCAUUAUCUCAUGAUUAAUGUUCAUCCACAACUGUUGCUGAUUGUCUUGUAGCUGCUGAUGUAUUACUACAUUUUAUGUAUUAAGACUGAUUGUGUUAAGACUGAUUGUGCCUUAUAGCUGCUGAUGUGUUAAGACUAAUGUAUUAAGACCGAGUAUGUGUGUGUGUUAUUGGUUAUUUGAUAUGGAUUGUUGUCUUGUAGCUGCUGAUGUAUGUGAAUUAUAUUGUGAAGUUUGUAAGUUUUAAUUCUAUGGCUUCUUGUAGUAACUUUCAUUUA